GACACCAAUGUAAUGAAACAGCAGGGAGCAGGUCUCGAACCCUCGACCUUCGGGGAAAAAAGCAUGCUCGUGCGGCAUAGUCGAUUUCCGCGGUUAUAAAAUCCAGGGUCGUUACACUAUUCUAACAGCUGAUAGAGUUGUGAUCAUGAUUGAUAACUUCCAAUUGCAUUAACUAAACAUGGCCAUUAAUAAUUGCAUAAUAACACAAGGCUACAACAACAAUACACUGAAGUUAUAGCCUAUUUAUUAAAUCAAAUUUGCCAGCUCCGGUAGGCUACACAAGUGGCACAAAUUGACUUGCAACGACUCCAAUCAGUGACAUCGUCAACAGAUGUAUUACUCUCCACAUUCAAUGUCAGUUUCAUAGUGUACUUUUCCCCAUGUCAGAAGCAUGCAAAUGAGUUCCAAAUCUUCAAUUUAAAAUUCCCAAUCGCGCAGCACUCGAGACCCAAGAACGGAGCAUACGUAAAACAUUUUAUUGAUGUGGUUUUCCAUAAGAAAAGUCGACAAAUGAAUCCAGUUUAAACCACCUCCGAACGACUUUAUCUAAUGCGCUCUAGAGCGCCUAAAGUAGUUUGUGUCUGUGCACUGACGCCUUAUUUCCUGAUGCGCGUCAGUUCAUAGCGCGUUAAUAUGUUUUAUGGAAAAAGGGUUGGGAAUAUGUGUCUCCAUAAUGACAAUCUACCUACAACUGGUAAAAAGUUGUCAUGCCGUGCGAGCGUGCUGCUCAUGUGACUUCUGCCUGCUGCGGCGCUCAGUCUCAACAUACGUACACCCCUCCGCCCCCUCCCCACCACUAACACACUCAGCAACUCCGCGGCCUUACUACCUGAUAGUUAGCAGCAGCAGGUCACAGUGAAAUAUUUGAAAGAAAAAUCCCAUGGCGGCCGCGGUGCAAUUUAGAAGUAGCCCAAAAACCUGCAGCCCGCGAUCAAUACAGUUUGACCGGCGACAUCGUUUUGAAAGUAGCCAAUCCGGCAGCAAACUGGAGAUCGCAACCCUGCCUGCCAGAGUGCUGCUGUAUAAAAAGAGAAUAAAGAUAGUAUCUCCUAGCAACGCGAAUUCUAUCAACAAUACGUUAUGGGAUAUUCGUAUACGUCACUGUUGCCAUAGCUACGUCUGUCAAAUACACAGGUUUCAUUUCUUGUGUCAGGGGAGGCUAAAAUAAACAAUGGCUGAAAAAAAGUUCAAAGGAGCCCCGUUUGGAACACAGACAUCGAGGUUUGAUGUGUCAGCGGUCCAUCCAGCCAAUAAGAGAGUAGGGACCUACACAGAGAUCUCCUACUGCAAAAAGAUGACCAAUGACCUGGAGAGGCGGCUGGGCCCAGGGUCCUAUGAUGCUGCAGGCCAUGGGGACUUCAGUAAACGGUCGGUGGCAGAGCGGGCCAAAGGGCCGGGGUGGCAGAGGGCCCAGGAGACUGCCAGGUUGGCAGCCAUACCUCACCUCCUCUAUAGGGAGGCCUGGGAAAACAAACGCUUCCUGAAAACUAAAGUGGGUCCAGGAACCUACAGAGUAGCAGACUUUAUAGAGGAGCUGCAGAAGAAACCAGGCAGUGUGAGAGGAGUGUGUGACAGCAGGGAAGAGCGGUUCAGAAAUGCACAGAGCUGGACGCCAGGCCCUGGUUGCUAUGGUAAUGGGGGUAUUCCAUGGGCAGCGCUGGAGGAGAAGAGGUCGGGGUUAAAUGGGGCUCCUAGCAUGCACCUCGGCUCCUCACUGCAACGCUUCCCAGAAGGCAACAGUACAGACUGUGGGCUGAGUCCCUGUACCUAUACUCUAAAGAGCAGCACAGAGGUGUUGUUGGCCAGCGGCAGCAGCAGGAGAGGCGCAUAUGAUCUCUUCACUGGACCACGAGACAAACCCAUCACCGCUGGAUACUUCGCUACCCCGAAGUGUGUAAAUCUAACUCCAGGGGAGUACCCCAGUGGGUGUGGGGGCUUUGGAGAGGAGUUGUGUCGUCGUGAAAAGCGGAACCACGGUGUGUUUGGAAUGUUGGAUCAGUACCCAGUUGUUCCAACAGAGAGAAUCUACCACAGCACCCUGUCCCAAUGCCCUCGACCUGCUACGUUCCCAGGGCCAGGCUGGUAUAAGGUCGUCUCUCCACAGUCCCGCCCAGAGAGUCACACCCAUCCCCCCUUCCUCUCCUCUGCCCCCCGUGCCAGCCGUAGGACAGAAAGAUUGCAGAACGGAAAUUAUAGCAUGGUUGGUCCUGGUCGUUAUGACAUUGCAGAAAAGGGGUGUAGUAAGACUGACAAUGGCUACACCUCCUCCUUCAGUUCCCGGACACAGAGAUAUCUUCACAAACCAGACAGAGACAAACACACACAGGAGAGGUUGCGUGCGAUAAAUGUUCCGGUGGACAGACUGAGUUUCCUGGUGCAGCCUGGAAGGAACACUUUGAUGAAAUCAGCUUAGACACACACACACACACACAUCGAAGCAGCAUGGAACAAAGACUCCGGAUACAUGUUUUUACAACCCAUCAGAUUUCAAGUUUAGUUUUUCAACUAUAUUAAAAUCAAUAUUGAUCAACAUGAGAUGUUUUUAUGUUUGGUAGAAAGUAGUAGAGAUUUGCUGUUGACAAAACAAACUUUAUUAUCAUCAUACACCAACAAAAACAUUUGUGGACAAUAGCAGUGAUCUCCUUUCUCUCUGCCAGGCAGUAGAAAUAACCAGGUUAGGGUUGGGGGUCAGAACAUGUUAGGGGUUUAGAGGUCAGAACAGGCAGGUGUUGGUUGGGGUUAGAGGUCAGAAGUUGUA